CUCUAUAAAAAGAGAAUCCAUUUGCAUUUUACUGUUCAUUCAGUAGGUGCUGACAAGUCUUGCCAUACGUUACACACAGCAUCUCUUAUUGUGCUUCUACCAUUUUCAAAUUCUUCCCCUUAAGAUAUUUGUGGUAAAAUGGACUCCCAACAAUUCCGCGCAGCUGCCCAUCAAAUGAUUGACUACGUUAUAGAUUACUUGGAUAACAUUCGCAAUAGGCGAGUUUUACCGACAGUUCAGCCUGGAUAUUUGAGCGGACUCAUUCCCGAGGAAGCUCCAGAACAAGGAGAAACAUGGCAAUCCAUAUUUCAAGAUAUCGAACGUGUGAUUAUGCCCGGUGUCACACACUGGCACUCACCAAGUUUCCACGCUUAUUACCCAACGGGCAAUUCAUGGCCGGGCAUUUUAGCCGACAUACUGAGCGAUGCUAUAGGAUGCGUUGGUUUUUCAUGGGUCGCUAGUCCAGCUUGCACCGAACUUGAAGUAGUAAUGAUGGACUGGCUGGGCAAAUUAAUCGGUUUACCUCCCGUCUUUCUCGCUGGCUCCGGUGGUAAAGGUGGCGGUGUCAUUCAGGGAACGGCUAGCGAAGCAAUGCUGGUAGGACUCUUAGCUGCCCGAUCAAAGACUCUAAAAAGGCUCAAGGCUGAAAACUCUCAAGAUGACGAAAAAAUGCUGGCUAGUCGAUUAGUAGCGUACUCCUCGGAUCAAUCACAUUCAGCUGCUGAAAGAGCGGGACUCCUGGCUGGCGUUAACGUCCGCGUCAUUCCUACCGAUGAUGAAUUUCAUCUGCGUGCUGUCGCACUGAAAUCUGCCAUAGACGACGACGUAGCAAAUGGCAAAAUUCCAUUCUUUGUGAUUGCCACACUCGGGACAACCCCUUCUUGCUCUUUCGACAAUAUGGAAGAGCUGGGCCCCGUGUGCAACGAAAAGCAGUUGUGGUUACACGUCGACGCAGCUUACGCAGGCUCGGCUUUCAUCUGCGAAGAGUAUCGUCACUAUAUGAAAGGGAUUGAGCGAGCCGAUUCAUUUAACUUUAACCCACACAAAUGGCUUCUUGUUAACUUUGACUGUUCUGCCAUGUGGUUCAAGGAUUCAGACGACAUUGUGAGCGCUUUCAACGUUGACCCCCUUUUCUUAAAACAUGACCACCAAAAUAGCGCCCCAGAUUUCCGGCACUGGCAAAUCCCCCUUGGUCGGCGAUUCCGUUCCUUGAAGCUUUGGUUCGUGAUGCGUUCGUAUGGGGCUGACGGACUAAGAGACUACAUUCGGAAGCAAGUUAAACUAGCCGAAGAAUUUCAUCAAAUGUUGUCGUUAAACGACCGCUUCGAAUUUCCUGUUCCUCCUGCUAUGGGGCUCGUCUGCUUCCGACUCAAGGGAGAAAAUAGCUUAAGUGAAUCGCUUUUGAAGCGCAUCAACGAUAACGGCCAAGUAUACAUGAUUCCUGCUAAGCUGCACGAUAAGUACAUCAUUCGCUUCGCUGUUUGCUCACGCUACACUGAACUUAGCGAUAUUCAAGCUUCUUGUGAAGAAAUCUGUCGCCAUGCCAACGAUGUUGUGCCACAGUAGAGAAAAUAAAUAAAUCUGACAGUCUGAAAAUA